AUGUGGAAAGCAGGUGAUACCCCAUGGGAAGAGAAUACUGAUUGGAAGCCGUAUCUAGAUAUUGAAAAUCACAUUCUGGAACAAGGAUUUCAGGAAAACAAAAGUACAGUUGAAUUAGACGGUUAUUAUUGCGACUUGGAAAAAUAUAUUCAGAUGAACAAAAAAGAUCCCAACAAGCAACGGCCUAUAAAAAGAAUUUCAUCGGUGGAUAUCAAUAAGAGAUUUAGAUCUAAACAACGAUAUAUAUUACAAAAACCAGAACUUAAACCUGAAUUAGCGGCUUUAGGAUGGACUUCUGCUUGGUCUAGAUUUCUUUUAGCUGCAGGUGUGUUCUCAGUAAUCAAAAAUGAAGAGUUAACAGAACGAGUGGAGAAAGCAGCCGAUGGAAUAUUGGAGGAAGGUAUUAAACAUGAUAAACAAAUCGAGGGUAAAUGGAUUGCAAAUGAGUUAAGAAAGGUAAAAGAUGAGGAUCGAACAAUAAUUGGACUUUGCUGUGUAAAAUUAUUUACUAUAGAGAGUUUUCUCUAUCCGUUAUUAAAUGAAGUUUUGAGAGAAAGCGAAGUACAGAAUACUGGCAUGGAAUGUGUACAUGAAUUUACCACUGAAUUAGGUAAAAGUCAAGGGAGAACAUUAGGACCUUUCUGUAGUUUAUUGUGGUUUUACUUAUAUGAAAAUCCAUCACAACGAUUAACUUAUAUUUAUCGAACGGCGUCUUUGACUGAAAAGAAUAUCAAUGAUUAUGAAAAACACAAAGGUGAGUGGAUGGUUUGGAUUGAUUUUUCUAUUGCAACUAAAUCCAAAACAAAUGCGCUUAACUCUCAAGAAAAUACGAUCUACGAAAUAAAAGUUCGUGAUGGUGGAGUACCUGGUGUCAUUGAUGUUUCAACCUUAUCAGGUUAUCCAUCUGAAAACGAAGUGUUGAUUAUUGCUGGUAUCCCUUACGAAAUAAAAGCUAUUAACUAUGACGAUCAACUAAAAAAAUAUUUCAUACAUAUAGAAUUAUAA